AUACUUACACCAUGAGACUGGACGGCCUGACUGACCGCUCCAGGCUGCUCUCGCUCUCAGUUUUCUCUCUGCUGUGCAAUUAAAGGGGUUUUCAUUGUUUAUUAGUGUUACAUAAAUCGUGUAAAAACAACACUAUUACGAGACACGUGAAAAUUUUGCUUAACGACUGAGAACAACUAAACGAAGUGAUUUAGUAGACGAGAAAAUAAAUCGUCGAGUCGUCGUUCGUCGGAAGGAAAGUAUUGAAGUUAUAAUUCAAAACACAACAAUCGGAUAAUUUUGUAAUUGCGAAUUUUGAAUUUCAUAUACAUUUCAAAAUGUCGUACAUGCUGUCACAUUUGGAAAAUGGUUAUCAAGUCGAUCAAGCUAUACUCUCCGAAGAAGACAGAGUUGUGGUUAUUCGCUUUGGACACGAUUGGGAUCCGAUGUGUAUGAAGAUGGAUGAAGUGCUUUAUAAUAUUGCGGAGAAGGUUAAGAACUUUGCUGUUAUUUACCUAGUUGAUAUCACAAAAGUGCCAGAUUUUAAUAAGAUGUAUGAAUUGUACGAUCCCUGUACGGUAAUGUUCUUCUUUAGAAACAAACAUAUUAUGAUAGAUUUAGGUACUGGAAACAAUAAUAAGAUUAAUUGGACACUGGAAGACAAGCAAGAAAUGAUUGACAUUAUCGAGACUGUUUAUAGAGGUGCAAGAAAAGGUCGAGGUUUGGUUGUUUCUCCUAAAGAUUAUUCUACUAAAUAUAGAUAUUAAUUUAAUUUAUUUAAAAAGUACAUAUAUAUAAGAAAUAAUCUUGACAAAAUAAUAUUUCAUUCUUAUAUUGAGAUAAGGUCAUUGUGGACAAAUAAAUUUGA